AUGUCCGUUGUCCUUUCGAAUCGUCAAGUCAUAGAAAAAUUGAAGACACUUCCAGGAAAUGAACCUUUUGGUAGUGUAGGGGAGAGUGACAAAGUCACACGCAAAUUCUUAGAGACGCUUUAUGAUCCUCUUAAGAAGUUAUUUGCAAAAGCCCCUUCCAAUUCUUCCAGAGCGAAUGCUCGACAAAUUCAAAAAAUUGAAGAGAUUAAAAUUUCCCAACGCGACCGCUUCUCUGAAUAUAGGGAAAACAUACCAGCUUUCUGGGAAAACGACGUUAAAAACAUACACUACUUCGAUGAAGAAGAUGAAAGUAAGGUAAAAGCUUUCCUCAAGAGUGCAUGUCGACUCAACAAAAAUGUCACUGAGCUUUUAAUCCUGCGACGAUUCGUGGAUCUAGCUACCUAUAAGCUGUAUCGACGAAUAUUUCCAGAAGCUCUUGUUUGGGAGGAAAAGGUUCGAGAAUUUUUGAAACUUGCGCAUAUCUCAGAUCCAGACGACAGCGAAGUCGCAGAUUUCUGCGACAUCAUUAGACGUGGGAAAAGAGAGCGAGAUUUCUGCAUUGAACUUGCGCGGAAAACAAAUACCGAUGAUGAGGACGAAAGUGAGGAGGAAAAUAACAGUAUAUACGGACCUCUUUUCGUGGACCAUAUUCCUGACGCCAUAUGGGACCGAGGAGGUCUGAAGGGAAACGAUUUUAAGGAAUCUGUCGAAAAGUUGUGCCAACUAUGGAAUGAAGCAGAUAAAGCUUUGACGGCGGAGGCGACUGAGGUGGCGAAGCUGUUGCUAGAUCAUCAUGCUAUUUCUAUUGUCUGCUAUAGUGAACAAGCCUUCGACAAAGGAAAGAGACGCACGCGACAUUACGGAGAAGCCCACCGAACUAAACUAAGACGUUCGCAAGCCAUUAAUCGUUCGACAUUCGCAUCCCCGGUAUCGCGUACCCAAGACUCUGUUUCAAGCCGCGAAUAUGGCAGGACUAUGACCGACUCACCACAUAACAUCAAGACACGGAAGAGAACUGGCGAAAAAGAACAAGGAUCACGGAAGAAGCUACGUUCAUCUUAUCAUCAAUCUCCGUCCGCCCCACAACGCAGAGAUGACGACAAUAUUGGACCUCGUCAACUUGAUCCGUCAACCGAAGAGGCAGCUUUGCUCCUUUCGACCAUCCGAGACGGCCAAGCGAAUCUAUCAGGCAAUCAGCAGUCCUUACCUGCUCACGCAUCUCAUGCUCAUCACUCAUCUGCGGAAGCGGAAAGGUCACGCGAUCCUUCGUUGAGCGCUGCCGAUAUAGCAACUUCGAGUACUGGAGCCACCGAGACCACAUUGGACAUUGAUGACGGGAGCGAUAUAAUGUCCUCGGAAGCGACUUCGAUUCUUUCGAUAUCUGGCGAAGCCCCUCACCAUUGGACUUCGAGUUUAGCAACAGGUUGUAACUCACAAUUCCAGCCAGUCAACGAUGGGUCGUCGGCUGAGCAUGCUGAUUUCCUUACUUUUACCUUUCGCAGCCCGCAAGGGAUGGAGACAAAUCAAAAUUACGCAUACUACGCCCAAUUACCCGUCACGGCUACCGCACAGCCGGAGGUCCAUCUCGGUACGGCGAAUUUAGCACAGUCUCGGCCGUUACCGGACAAUCUAGUCGAUGUUGAAACCCUGGCCUACACUGCGACCAAUGAGAUUUCUUUCAAUGAGCAAUCACAACAGCCAGCUAGGGCUAUACAAGACGGAACACAAUCUCAUGUUCCAUGUGGUUUACAAUUUACCUCGCAAGGUUUUGAGGAAAUUCAUUUUGAUAUACAACACCCAACAGACCCAGACGGCUUUGAGGCAGUUUCUUUCGAUUCUCAAGGCAAUGCAUGGCUUGCAGUAGACUCGCAAGGAUUCGAACAAGUCUCCUUUAGCGGAGAUCAUACUAUGGUGAGUUGGUAG